UGCGUGACCCCCGGGACUGCCACCAGAUGAGUGGAUGUGGCAUAUAGCUGGGGACGUGUUGACAUAAGUCACAGUCACUAUGGAUCUACACAUAGGCCUGUUGGUGAUUAUACUCGCCGGAUUCCAGAUCGCUCAUUCAGGUCGGAUCAGACGACAAAUUCCAGGCAGUGAUUUUGCCUUGACCUUUGAUUGGGAUGACCUUCUGCGACCUUUAACCGAGGCUGAUUAUUAUCACUCCACAGAUGCUGCAGCCUUUGCCCCGAUGAAUGCGCCUGGUGGGCGUCCAGGCCAUUCCACCUCCACCAACACGUGUAGCGACAUCCGGGGAGUUCCUGCGCAGUUAAGGAGCGCAAGCAACAUCAGACCGAGUGGAUUGUCGUAUUUCUACCAGAAAUAUACAGAGGCGUAUGGGAUACCCGUAUUAGGUUCCGUUAACGUCCCCGACGACGCUCUUCGCCGCGCCUGUUACAUUCUUCGCUUCCUCCUCGCCGACCACAGCGGUGUCCGGCAGUCCUACUACCGACUGUCGGGGAGGGUGGCAGUGAUCGGAGCUCGGGAAGGGACGGUGUCCAUUCCGGAACAUGCUUGGCUUGGCCCCGCCUGGAACGCCCGAGCACGUGGACUUGGGGCGACGGAACACGCCCCCGUGUCAACAGGAGGCGAGGAAAACAUCCUUUGUUACAAUAUAGACAGGUAUCGGUUCGAGGACAUCUUCCUGCACGAGUUCGCCCAUGGCAUCCAUCUACUCGGUGCCAAGUAUGCCAUCCCAGGUUGGCAGAGUCGUCUACAGUCGCUCUUCUACCAGGCCAGGUCUGCCGGUAGGUGGCGCAGGACGUACGCCAUGACCACAUUGAAGAAUACUUUGCUCCCGAUCCACAACGCCUUCGCGGAAGGGACACAAAGCUACUUCAACGUCAACGCUUACUCCACCGUCCCCAACGGCAUCCACAACCGCGUCAACACCCGCGAGAAACUACGGCAAUACGACCCCCAGCUGUUCUCUCUGAUACAGGAGAUGCUGAGAGAAGCCAGCGUCUGA